GAGCGAGAGAGGCAGAGAACAAGAAAGUUAGAACCGGGACGAGAAAGGUUUAACGAGGGUUUAAGGCGGCUACCGGAGAUAUUCGUUCUAAGGACCGUUAUAAGUCGGUCAGGUUUCCAUUCUCUUCUUCUUCUCUCUCUGCUUCCCUUUGAUCUCAUGAGUUCGAAGCUUGAAGGCUUAGACCCGGACCAAUGUAAUUCAUUUUAUGUAACUUCUCUUCCUGUUCUAAUUCAUCGUUCUUUCUUCUUAAAUUUUAAUUUUGAUGUCCAGUAGUAGAACUCUCGCAUUUUCUACGAGUCAAUGUAAUAAGCUCGAUUUUUUAGUUCCAAUCGAUAAACCCACAAUCCUCGACCCAAACCCAUCAAAGAAACAACCCACAGUAAUGAUGUGGAGAAGCAUAUCUAAACAAGUCUCUUCUAGGAAGUUAAGAUUUUCCCAUGAAACCUCUUCAAUCCUGCCCACUUAUUGCUUCUUGGGUCAACCCCAAAACUCCAUUUUGCCCGACAGAACCAGACAGGUUGAGUUCAAUACCUCCGUAAAUAUCCCGUUUAUUGGAAGAAAUUUCCUUCGAAAUUGGGAAUUACCAUCGUUUGAAGAUGAUAUGGCGAGAACCAGUUUUGGGUGUCUCACUAACCCAAUUAAAGGUUACGCCAGUGUUGCUGAGGCCAUCUGUUCGACUGAUGCAUCUACUGACACAGAGGAAGAUGUUUCUGCCAUUGGAGAAAUUCAGGGAUUGUUGGAGAUGAGGAAAGACGAGAAAGCAAAUUUAGAGCCUACACUGCAGAGACGGCAGCAGAAGCUUGUGGCAGGUAUGAAGCAAGGGAAGUAUCAUAUGCUUCGGAGGAGGCAAGUGAAAAUUGAAACUGAAGCAUGGGAACAGGCUGCGAAGGAAUACAAGGAGCUUCUUGUGGACAUGUGUGAGCAGAAGCUAGCACCCAAUUUACCAUACAUAAAAUCAUUGUUUCUUGGUUGGUUCGAGCCAUUGCGUGAUGCAAUUCUUGCAGAUCAGGAAUUACGCAGACAAGGGAAGAACAGGGCAUCUUAUGCCCCAUAUUUCGAUCAGUUGCCAGCAGAUAUGAUGUCAGUUAUUACAAUGCAUAAAUUGAUGGGCUUGUUAAUGACAGGAGGUGAACAUGGCAGUGCUAGGGUGGUCCAAGCCGCUUGCCAGAUAGGUGAAGCCAUUGAGCAAGAGGUUAGGAUACACAAGUUUUUGGAGAAGACAAAGAGAAAGACCGACAAAGAUAAGAAACACCAAGAACGUGAAUCUGAUCCUGUAGUCAUAGAGGAGGAAAGGCUAAGGAACAUAGAGCAGGAAAGGCUAAGGAAGAAAGUCAAUAACUUAAUGAAAAAGCAGAAGCUACAACAAUUGAGGCAUGUACUGAAGGGCCAGGAUGAUUCAAAGCCAUGGGGGCAGGAUGCUCAGGCUAAGGUUGGGAGCCGUUUGAUUGAAUUGCUAAUGCAAACAGCAUAUAUACAACCUCCAGUUGAUCAAGUAGCAGAUGGUCCACCUGAUAUUCGGCCUGCAUUUAGGCACAGUCUGAAAACUGUUGCGAGAGAAACACAGAAAACCAGCAGAAGAUUUGGGGUCAUUGAAUGUGAUCCUUUGGUUCGCAAAGGAUUGGAGAGAACUGCAAGGCACAUGGUGAUCCCUUAUAUGCCAAUGUUAGUGCCUCCAGUCAACUGGACAGGGUAUGACAAAGGAGCAUACUUGUUUUUACCAUCUUAUGUCAUGCGCACACAUGGAGCGAGACAACAACGUGAAGCAGUUAAGAAGACUCCAAGAAAACAUUUGGAACCAGUUUUUGAGGCCCUGGAUACACUUGGAAAUACCAAAUGGAGGAUUAAUAAAAGGGUACUUAGUAUUGUGGACAGAAUAUGGGCAAGUGGAGGUCGUUUAGCUGACUUGGUUGACCGUGAAGAUAUUCCUUUACCAGAGGAGCCAGACACUGAAGAUGAAACAGAGCUCAAAAAAUGGAAGUGGAAAGUUAAAACUGUGAAGAAAGAGAACAGUGAGAGGCAUUCACAACGAUGUGACAUAGAACUUAAACUUACUGUAGCCCGGAAAAUGAAGGAUGAUGAAGGUUUCUACUACCCACACAACCUUGACUUUCGAGGUCGUGCAUAUCCCAUGCACCCUUAUUUAAACCAUCUUGGUUCGGAUCUGUGCCGAGGAGUCCUGGAGUUUGCUGAGGGGCGUCCCCUUGGGAAAUCAGGGUUACGCUGGCUCAAGAUACAUCUAGCCAAUGUAUAUGCUGGUGGUGUGGACAAAUUGUCCUAUGAUGGCCGAAUAGCAUUUACUGAAAAUCACUUGGAUGAUAUAUUUGAUUCUGCAGACAGACCACUAGAGGGUAGGCGGUGGUGGUUAAAAGCAGAAGAUCCAUUUCAGUGCUUAGCAACGUGCAUCAAUCUCUCUGAAGCAUUGAGAAGUUCCUCCCCGGAAACAACCAUCUCACAUAUGCCUAUUCACCAGGAUGGUUCAUGUAAUGGAUUACAACACUAUGCUGCCCUUGGAAGGGACACGUUGGGAGCUUCUGCGGUGAAUCUGGUUACUGGAGAGAAGCCUGCAGAUGUUUACUCAGGAAUAGCUGCUAGAGUUCUUGAUAUUAUGCAGAGAGAUGCCGAGAAAGAUCCUGAAACUGACCCAAAUGCAUUGCGUGCUAGGCUUUUAAUCAAUCAGGUAGACAGGAAAUUGGUGAAGCAGACAGUGAUGACAUCUGUAUAUGGUGUCACUUAUAUUGGCGCCCGUGACCAGAUCAAGAGAAGAUUGAAGGAACGAAAUGCCAUUUCAGAUGAGAAUGAGCUGUUUGGGGCAGCUUGUUAUGCAGCAAAAACCACUUUAACUGCCUUGGGAGAGAUGUUCCAAGCUGCACGCAGCAUCAUGAGCUGGCUCGGUGACUGUGCAAAGGUCAUUGCGUCAGAAAAUCAGCCAGUGAGAUGGACGACUCCUCUUGGACUCCCUGUUGUGCAACCUUAUCGCAAAUUAGGAAGGCAUCUUAUUAAAACUUCCCUUCAGGUUUUGACGUUACAGCGAGAAACAGACAAGGUCAUGGUCAAGCGACAAAGGACAGCUUUCCCACCAAAUUUUGUUCAUUCCCUUGAUGGCUCCCAUAUGAUGAUGACUGCACUUGCCUGCAAGAAUGCGGGCUUAAACUUUGCAGGAGUCCAUGAUUCAUAUUGGACACAUGCAUGUGAUGUUGACGAAAUGAACAGGAUACUCCGAGAAAAGUUUGUUGAACUCUAUGAGCAACCGAUACUGGAGAAUUUGCUGGAGAGCUUUCAGGAGUCCUUCCCCACAUUGUCUUUCCCUCCCUUGCCAGAGCGCGGAGACUUUGAUCUAAGAGAAGUUCUGGGGUCAACAUAUUUCUUCAACUGAUCUGCAGACAAAUUUUCCUUUGAUGCUGCAUCAUGCCUCUGCACCUGUAUUUUUUCCAGAUGGUGGGUUUGCAUUUUCAUGGGCUGGCGAAGUGCAACAUGAAUUUCCCUGAGAAAUGGAGCUUGUGCCUCCUACAAUUCCAUCAAAUAUGUAUACAUAUAUUCAUGUAAGUAAUUCAGGUGAAGAUGUAUUCAAGCAUUUAGGGAAGCAACUUGUCUAUGGUAAUAGCCAUGCCUCUACUUCUCUGCGGAGCCUACCACUGUAAAUUUUGGAGAACUAGAGUAGAUGUCUGUGUAGAAAAAAAAGCUUGUCUGGAGCUGUCUAGCCAUGGGGAUAAUGUU